CUUGCCACGCACAGUUGUUUCCGUUCGGAUGUUUUUGCUAUGCAAUGCCACUCGCUAGAUGCAAUUGUAUGAACAUCAAGGCCACUUUCGCUAACUUCAACGACACUAUAACCUCCGGCUGCACUCUAAAAACUUUCAAAAUUAUCGAUUAUUAUGGGUGAUAACAUCCUCAGGACUUCAAAUAACUCUCGUUAAAACAUGCCAAUUUUUCUGUAUAGAAAAUAUUUCAUUGUAAUCCAGUUAUGAUGCUGUUAUAUCAAUUAUAUAUUAUAUGAAAGUUUGAAUUAUUCUGUGGAAAAUAUGCCUUUCCAACCUGAUGGUGACUUAGAAGAUAAUUCUCGUAAGGAGGAUGAAGAGCAGCAGCAGCAGCAGCAGCAGCAGCAGAGUGUAGACAGUAAGAGUAGAUCAUGGAAAGAGAGGAGAACAAGGGAGAAAUCUCUUUGGAUAAUGAUUGGUGUGCUUUUAAUCAUGUUCCUGAUCGUUCUCAUUUUUCUAAUUCGAUCUGGAGCAAUUGUUAAUACUAAAAUAAUAAAAGAGAAGAGAACUUGUUCGACUCCAAUUUGUGUAGAAGAGGCUUUCAGGUUAUUAAAGUAUGGGAAUUACACCUCUGAUUCUUGUAGAAGUUUUAGUGAAUUUUCAUGCGGUUUAAAGUCAGAAAUUAACUUCGAAGAUGACUUUACUUACACGGAUUAUCAUCUAUUAUUAGUUAAGAAAUUAUUAGAGAGAUAUUCGGAUGAUGACGAAGUAGAAGCUCUGAAAGCCAAGACUUUCUAUCAUUCCUGCAUAAAUAACGAAUGGAGCCAAAGUACUAAUAACACUGUCAGGAAAUUACUCAAAAAAGCAGGAUUAACUAAUUCUGCACCAGGUAUGGAUACGUAUAGGCGAGAAAAAACAUUAGCGCUUCUAAACAUCUACAGAGACAAAAAUCCUUUCUUCAGAUUCCAUAGGAUUCAUCGCAUAACUUAUUUAUACCCCGGCCGUCCAGUAUUAAAACCCAAUAUAUUGUUAGUUGAUACGAACUCGAAUCUACUCACCAGAAUGAGAUACGAAAACUUAAUCAACAGUACAUUAAUCGAGCUUGGUGUUCCUCCUAGGGAUGCGGAUAAAGAUGCUGAGGAAUUGGUUAGAUUCGAAAGAGAAUUUGCUGAUAUUUGCACCAUGAGAUGCCCAACAAAAUCGAGUCAGUUGAGUCUAGAUCGAUUAGAAGAGCUGUAUAACGAGUUAAAAUGGUCUGCUAUCAUCAAACACAUUUUUCGUAUUUACGGUUUGGAAGAUGAGUUCUCAAAGAACAUGAAAGUUGUGGUUAUAUGCGAGAAGUACCUGAUGAAACUCUUUCAUUUACUUGAUAAAUAUGGCUCCAGAGUGGUGGAUAACUUCGUAACUUGGUCUUUCGCUGUUAAUUAUCUGCCAUUCUUGGAUCCUACCUUCCGUUAUAGGUAUAGAAACAUUGAUGAUGCGGUUGAUAAUCACUGGUCUGGAAAUAUAUACGAAAAUAAUGAGAAAAUGUGCCUUUAUGCCACGUUAUAUUACUUUAAUUCAGCCAUUUCAAUGCUCUAUGAUAAAGAAGAACUAUCGGAGCAGGAAGAGGAGGAAAUGAAAGAAAUCUUUGAAAAUGUUCAGGAAGCGUACGAAGAAGUGAUUUCUGAACAGGAAUGGUUAGACGAGAGUGCCAAAACUCAGUGUAAGACUAUGAUGAGGGAGAUGGAGAUGAAGAUUGGAUUCACUAAGAAUUUGGAAGAAUCGAACACAAUUAGUACCAUGUAUAAUAUGAUAAAAAAAAUUUAUGAAGUUCUCUUCGUGUGGUACUCCGAGUUGCACACGAAAAGAACUUUGCUUCUUGCAACUCCACGUUGCAAACUGCAAAUAAGAACUCAAAUUUUACUGCUUUAUAAUGUUAAAUCACGUUUUAAUAACGUAAUUAUUAUAAAUUUUCAUAGAUAUUUAAAUUAUGGAACGUUAGGAUUUGUUAUGGCGCACAAAAUGUCUCGCGCAUUUCUCUCCUCAGGAAACGUCAGAAAAAUUUUAAAUAAGGAAACAUUUCGUGAGAAAGAAAAUUGUUUCGAUCAUCAAUACUCUCAAUGCUCAGGAAAUGAAGAAGAAACGAUAAGUGGAAGCAUCAUUCUUCAAGAUUAUCUCGCUGAUCAGUUUGGAUUAACAGUGGCUUUGAAGGCAUACGAGAAUUAUAUUGAAGAACACGAAGAGGAAAUCACCUUACCUGCACUUAAUUUAACAACUAAGCAGAUAUUUUUUCUUAAUUACGCUCAGAUGAUAUGUGAUAUCGGAACAGAAAGGUUUAUACUAGCGGAAGACGAAGAAAUUGUUGAUUUUUGCAGAAUUGACAACGUCUUGCAAAAUAUGCCAGAAUUUGCAGAAACUUUCGAAUGUGUGGAAGGUAGCAUCAUGAAUCCAUCAGAAGAAUGUGAGAUUUGGGAAUAAAAUUAUGAAUUAAAUUUUUAAUAAAUUAACUUGUUUAUUUUUGGGAAAGAAUAAAAAUUUGGGAGUGAAUAUAUUUUCUAAAAAUCCAUCCUAAAACAAGAGAA